GAGCGCGGCGAGGAGCGGCUGCGCUCGUGCCACCUCUGCAACGCGUCCGACCCCAAGAAGGCGCACCCACCCGCCUUCCUCACCGACCUCAACAACCCGCACAACCUGACGUGCUGGCAGUCCGAGAACUACCUGCAGUUCCCGCACAACGUCACGCUCACACUGUCCCUCGGCAAGAAGUUCGAAGUGACCUACGUGAGCCUGCAGUUCUGCUCGCCGCGGCCCGAGUCCAUGGCCAUCUACAAGUCCAUGGACUACGGGCGCACGUGGGUGCCCUUCCAGUUCUACUCCACGCAGUGCCGCAAGAUGUACAACCGGCCGCACCGCGCGCCCAUCACCAAGCAGAAUGAGCAGGAGGCCGUGUGCACCGACUCGCACACCGACAUGCGCCCGCUCUCGGGCGGCCUCAUCGCCUUCAGCACGCUGGACGGGCGGCCCUCGGCGCACGACUUCGACAACUCGCCCGUGCUGCAGGACUGGGUCACGGCCACCGACAUUCGCGUGGCCUUCAGCCGCCUGCACACGUUCGGCGAUGAGAACGAGGACGACUCGGAGCUGGCGCGCGACUCGUACUUCUACGCGGUGUCCGACUUGCAGGUGGGCGGCCGGUGCAAGUGCAACGGCCACGCGGCCCGCUGCGUGCGCGACCGCGACGAUAGCCUGGUGUGCGACUGCAGGCACAACACGGCCGGCCCGGAAUGCGACCGCUGUAAGCCCUUCCACUACGACCGGCCCUGGCAGCGCGCCACGGCCCGCGAAGCCAACGAGUGCGUGGCCUGCAACUGCAACCUGCAUGCCCGGCGCUGCCGCUUCAACAUGGAGCUCUACAAGCUUUCGGGGCGCAAGAGCGGAGGUGUCUGCCUCAACUGUCGCCACAACACCGCCGGCCGCCACUGCCACUACUGCAAGGAGGGCUACUACCGCGACAUGGGCAAGCCCAUCAGCCACCGGAAGGCCUGCAAAGCCUGUGAUUGCCACCCCGUGGGUGCCGCUGGCAAAACCUGCAACCAGACCACCGGCCAGUGUCCCUGUAAGGACGGCGUGACGGGUAUCACCUGCAACCGCUGCGCCAAAGGCUACCAGCAGAGCCGCUCACCCAUCGCCCCCUGCAUAAAGAUCCCCGUAGCGCCACCGACGACCGCAGCCAGCAGCGUGGAGGAGCCUGAAGACUGCGAUUCCUACUGCAAGGCCUCCAAGGGGAAGCUGAAGAUUAACAUGAAAAAGUACUGCAAGAAGGACUAUGCCGUCCAGAUUCACAUCCUGAAGGCGGACAAGGCGGGGGACUGGUGGAAGUUCACGGUGAACAUCAUCUCCGUGUACAAGCAGGGCACGAGCCGCAUCCGCCGCGGUGACCAGAGCCUGUGGAUCCGCUCGCGGGACAUCGCCUGCAAAUGUCCCAAAAUCAAGCCCCUCAAGAAGUAUCUGCUGCUGGGCAACGCUGAGGACUCUCCGGACCAGAGCGGCAUCGUGGCCGACAAAAGCAGCCUGGUGAUCCAGUGGCGGGACACGUGGGCGCGGCGGCUGCGCAAGUUCCAGCAGCGUGAGAAGAAGGGCAAGUGCAAGAAGGCCUAGCGCGGAGGCAGCAGGCGGGCGGG